AUGGAAUGCUCUAAAGAUAUGGGGUUACAAAAGAGGCAUAGUCAGUUUAGCGAUACUAAAUAUAAAUGGAGGACAGUGUUAGUACUUGUGAUGUGUUUCGUAUAUACUUGUGAUGGACAAGCUCCAAGAGUUGCUGAAAUAGACCCUUAUUUACUAAAUAAGUCGUUAGGACUGACUGAGUUACCUGGUGGUAUAAUAGCUGGAGGCCGGUCACUGUGGAAAUUCAAUGGAAGCCCAUAUCUUCUUAGAGAUGAUCUGCUGGUAGAAAGAGAAGCCGAAUUAGUGAUAGAACCAGGAGUAGAAGUUAAAUUUGCCCCCAUGGUUGGAAUUACCGUUCGCGGGAAGUUAGUUGCUGUGGGAAGCGAUGACAGAAAAAUUACUUUUACGAGUACGGAGGAGCCAGCAAAGGCAUCACAAGCCAUACCGAAUAUUCGACUUGUGGAUGGUCCGUCUAUACUCGCCGGCAGGGUGCAGAUCCUACACAAGGGACAAUGGCGAUCCGUAUGCACUAAUUCCAGAAAUUGGACUAUCCACGAUAUGGAGACUGCCUGUCGGCAAUUAGGUUUCAUGGGCGGAACAUUCUACAACUGGAUGGACAGACAGCCGGGUCGUCGAGCGCGCCUCUUAUUCGAGGAACCCAAGUGUAAAGGAACGGAAUAUGACUUGUUUCAAUGUGACUGGAAUUCGAGACAACUUGGAUCAGGUGUUUGUGAUUUCCAUCCCGAUCUUGCUAUUCAAUGUCUACCACAUCACGACGAUAAUGAAAUAAGAAACUACGGGCAACACUGGAGAGGAGUUCGAUUUGAAAAUGCUGUCUUUGAAAGAAUUCUAACUGCAGAAAACACUCUUUAUAUUCCUACCUCUAUGUCAAUACUCAAGCAUGUAGUGAUAAGAAAUGCGGGGUUAGGUAGAGAUAAUAAUGCAACUAGUGCAUUAGAUGUGAUGGGUGUGCCACCUAUCAUGGAAGAUAUUAAAAUAACAAACUCCGCUUUUAAUGCUAUUAAUGUGACAUCUCCAAACGCUCCCGUAGUUAUCAACAACUGCGCCGUACAAAAUAACAGAGGUUAUGGCAUUUAUGUAAAUUCUACCUAUGGCAUGACCAAGAUUGAGAACUGUUUAAUACAUGAGAAUGGUGGAGAUGGUAUUAAAUAUGUUGUGCAUGAAAUGAAUAUCGAUGAGAAGUUCGAUCGCAGUGAAAUCUUUGAUCUGUGCACCUUAGCCUCAACGCCCAGCCAAACGUUUCCAAUACAAAUGUCAAUCGAACAAUCUAGAUACUCAAAUAUGGAGAGAGAUUGUUACCAAAAAUUUUAUACAAGGCCUGAUCACGUUCUAACUUUAAGCUUUAUAAAACUUUUAACAAAUAAUAACAAUACUGGAGAAAUUUUUAUUUACGAUGGCUUAACAUUCGACGACAAACUUCUGUUAUCCUUUAGUAUUAGAAACUAUACGCGACCACAGAGUGUUACUUCUACAAGGAACCGCAUGUUUGUAAGAUUUCAUGCUAAAACAAGGACUGAUAUAGUAGGCUUCUUGCGAUUAACAUCUGGAGUUAGCAAAACAUAUGAUUUAAAUGUAACGGACACGAUUAUAUCCGACAAUAAUGGUAGAGGUGUUGUUAUUGAGAACCUAAGAUCUCAAGUUCAUAUCCAUCGUACGUCUAUAUCAAAUAACAACCAUGUUGCUGGAUUUCAAGUUGUAAGUGGUGCGGGAGAUGUUAAUGUUACAGAGAGUAGAAUCUCUUUUAAUCAAGGAGAUGGUAUCAAUGUUACAGUCACUGGUGGAAACAGAAAUAUAUCAAGAAGCAUAAUAAGCUCAAAUAAUGGAUAUGGCAUAGCUGUGUGGCUAAAUAAUACCAAAGAAACUGAAUACAUUCCAGUUAAUCAAACAACGGUCAUCGAAUAUUCGGAAGUAUUUAAAAAUCUUGACGUGGGCAUUUUACAUGGAAACUUUUGUGGUGACAGUUGGGUCAAUCUUACUGGAAACUGGUUCAAUUCAAGCGUAGAAAGCACUGUAGAUAUAUCAACCUGUUGGAAAUUUAAUGAUCCUCCCAGAUUACUUAAUUUACAAAUAGGCCAUAACAAAUUUUAUCAAAAUAUUCGAGUUCCUAUAAAACUUCAACCAGCUCUUAAUGUGAUAGGUAGAAUUGAAUACAACUACUUUGAACAUGGUGACUAUGGAGCUAUUGUAAUAAUGAAUCGUAUAGAAGGCAAGUACUUAGAAGAAUUUGAAAUACUUCCUGCAAAGUUUAAUAUAGAACAUAACUAUUUUUAUGGUAAUAGAGGACCCUUUGUUGUUAACCUAGGUUUAUCACCUUAUAGUGACUUUCAAUAUAUAUUGUUUUCGAGAAAUUAUUUAAGAGACAAUAAAAUAAGAGAGCCAUUUGAACCUUUAGAAGGUAUUUCGUCACGAUUAACACCACGAAGCAGAGUAGCUGCGGCAAUAGUAUUAGCAUCAAGCAAUAUUGACGUGUUUCGAAAUAUAAUUAACAAUCCUGAAGCGCAGUACGAAAUCGGUUCACAUGUAGAGGACCAAAGUAAAAUUUUAAACUGCACCUAUAACUGGCUAGGUUUUGGUGAUGAAGAAAAAGUUUACAACAGAUUGUUCCAUAGAAAAGAUCGCUACAAUUUGGCCAAAAUUAUUUAUAUGCCAUAUUUACUACACAGUAGUAAUCCUGGCGCAACUCAAAUUAAUUACAAUUCACUUUACGUUCCCCAAUUUAACAUACCAGGUACAUUUGUUGUGGGUGGUGAGGUAGAAGGAAUAGAAAUUUUAAGACAAGGAGAAUAUGACGUAGAUAAAGACAUUAAUAUUCGACCAGGUGGGAAGCUAGUGCUUCAAUCAGGUGUAACAUUAAAAUUCCCUCCCGCGAUAGGAAUGAUGAUCGCAGGUAAACUUGAAGCUAGAGGAAAACGUCCAAAUGAUAUUACUUUUACUCUAAAGGAAGAAGUUAUUAUGAGUAAUGACAGUAUCUACGAAACAGAUACAGAGAUAGAGCCUACAACGCCUGGUUACGUUGAACCUUUUAUACCUAUAAGACUUUUAGGUGGAAGAACACAGUAUGAAGGAAGAUUACAAGUAAGAAUCGAUAAUAAAUGGGGUACGGUAUGUAACUACAAAUGGAAUAUAAUUAAUGCUGCUUUAGUUUGCAAUCAACUCGGCUUAGCUUUGAACCCAAACGAUUGGUAUCUAGAGCCUAAUGAAAUACCAAGUGCUGGUACAGCAGAAGAUAUUAUUUUAUCCAACGUUGAAUGCACAGAAUUCGAUAAUGAUAUAACAAAAUGUAAAGCGGAGACCAUUGGACAUUUCGAGAAUUCUUGUACACACGAAAACGACGUUGGUAUUCGAUGUUACGAAACAAGUUGGGCAGGUUUAAGAUUCAGUGUCAUUGCUGAAAGAGCCGAUUUACAAUAUGUGAACAUUGAGAAAGCAGGUCUAUUGGAUUACUCAUCGAAUGUUUUUAAGCCAGCUCUUCAAGUAGACUUUUUUAGGCACAGCCUUGAAAGUGUUAAGAUAUCGAAUAAUUACCAUGACGGAUUGGGAAUAUUAUAUUCAGAUUUGUAUGGAGCCGAUGCUAUCAAUAUUGUUAGAAACUCGGAAUUUAGUAAUAAUAAAGGGAGCGGUAUAAGCUUUAAACAAUUAGGACUUAAAGUACACAGCUCAGUUAUGGAAAAUAACAAUGUAGCUGGUAUUUCACACAAUCCUCAUCUGACUGGUCAGCAACAAAGAGAAAUAGCCGGAUGGUUUAAUUUAGAUCCAGGUUUUAAUAUGGACGAAUCAAAUUAUCGUCCUAUAAUGAUUCCUGAUUAUGAAACAGACAUUAGUCUUGUAAACGGUGAAACGAGACAUUUGGUGUUUACUAAACAUUAUGGUGAUAACUUAGUAAAAAGUUAUAAUAUUAAAUGCAACCCAGGAUAUGUUCUUGGGUUGCAACUUUUAAAUCCUAUUCACAAUUUCUCAACUGAAAGUAUUUGUAUUUACGAUUCGCAAAACAUUCAUGAGGGAAGCACCAAAUGGUGUCUAGAUCGAGAUUUAUCAACAUUCCCUACAACAAGUAGCAGUUUUGGAAUUGUUUUAACUUAUGAAAGUGGUCAAUCGGCUUUAGGAGGAGUGGUCUUAGUUUUAAGUACUAUCACAGCACCAGUCCAAAAUAUUAGGAACAGAAUCGUGAAAGGACCUGUACCAACACUUCAAAUCGUCAAUUCAAAAAUUAAAGGUAACACGGUGGGUGUCAAAGCGUUAUAUUACAAUAGGUAUCUAAAUGAAUUAGGUGACCACUUUUUACGAAAAGCCAAUGAAACUAUUAAGAUAUUCAAUUGUGAAAUAGCACACAACAAAGAAGAAGCUAUUUAUGUAAAUACACCAUAUUGGGAUAUUCACGAAAGCAAUAUCACAGAAAUAACUAUUAUGGUAAACAAUACCUUAAUUACGGAUAAUGGCAAAGGAGUAUAUCAUUUUGCUAGAGACUUAAGAAGCUCGAAUAAUCUUUAUCAUUAUGUUCUACAAGAUAACACUAUAGAAAGAAAUAAAAACGGCGGUUUUGACAUCGGAUUGCCAUAUGUAUGGCAAUAUAAUGAGAAUUUUACGCAUUCAGUCUUCAUGUACAACAAUACCUGGCGGAAUAAUCAAAAUUUCGGAUUUAUUAUUGAUGGCCAUUUCGCCGAAGUAAACAUAACGAAAAAUAUUUUCACUGACAAUAUUUGUAAAACGGGUUUAAUAGCUAUUCGCGGAAUGGAAAAGAAAAUGAAAAUUGAUGGUAAUUCAGUCGAGAGGAAUAACGGUCAGUACAUGGUCCAAUUUUAUAUGGACAGCCAAAGCGAAAUAAUGGGAUUCGUUUACGCUGUUUUUGUUUACAAUAAAAUAAAAAAUAAUCAUUUUUCGUCGAAUGUUAAUAGAGGAGCCCUGAUAAGAAGUCUUGAUCAGACAUACGUUAUAGGUUUUAAAGGAAUACAGAAAGUAAAAGUAAGCCGAAAUCUGUUUGGAAACAAUGCACUCCAAUAUACGUUAGUAGCUGGAAUUAAAACUGCUAAAAUUGAUAACCUAUUAGAUGUAACAGAAAAUUGGUGGGGAAGUGCGGAUGAAAAAGAAAUUAAAAAGAAAAUCUUUGACUUUGAUGAUUGGAAUAAUCAUGCUAUUGCUACCUACUUGCCCUACUUGCUUGAAGAUAAUUUUGAUUCAAGCGUGUCUGUUACUUUUAGUUCUGAGAACGCUAUUGAUAUUAACGCAUUAGGAGGAAGGCUGAUUACUGAUCUUACUUUAGAAUCGCGUAUCGCGCCAUAUAUAGUGAAAACUGAUAUCACUGUGAUGCCAGACGUAACAUUGACAAUCAGUCCAGGGGUCAUUUUAGACUUCGCUCCAAAUGUUGGCAUACUUGUAAUGGGCACACUGCAUGCUAUAGGUCAUGCUCAAUUACCUAUAGUAAUGAGACCAAUUACAAAAUCUAAAACUAAUGAACUAAACAGAAUCGAGAAAAGAGAUAUCGGACAGUAUUCAUCAAGUCAUCACAAACACAGGAGGCAAUUGGAGAAUAUGGUGAUUCAAAAAUCUAUAAGACUUUGCACAGGAAGAAAUUGUUCUAUUAAUGACAUCACCACUAAAAAUACAAACGAAGGUUUCUUGGAGUACUAUAAUAAAACUACUUUGCAAUGGGUGCCAAUGUGUGACAGUCGAUUCACUGAAAGGAACGCGCAAGUUGUAUGCAGAGAAUUAGGCUUUGAUCCCAUUAAUAUAUUUUUUGCUCACGAUCGCCGAGUAGAAUAUCAUAGCAAUUCUUUAUCGAGGAUUUGGUCAUGGCCAGAGCCAUUACAAUGUAUCGGUACUGAAGAUCGUUAUGAAGACUGUCCGAUCAGACUUAAUGGUCAACUGUAUGGACACAGACAUGAAUGUAAAUGGGACUCGGACUUUAUAUUCAUCCAUUGCGGUGAAAGAAAUUUAGAUGAUAGCCUUGAAUACUGGGGUGGUAUCAGAUUUACCUAUCCGGAGUUUGAGUACUCUCUUUAUGAACAUAGAAUCCACGAUCAUCAUACACACGAAACUUUAAAGAGAAUUGAGAGUGUGUUAGAAAAUAUUCAUAUAUCAGGAGCCGGCAUAUUGCAUAAUGAAAAAUCUCCAGCAAUUCAAAGCAUAGCAAAGAAUCCUAGGGUUCAAAACGUUAACAUUAGCAAUUGCGCACAUCAUGGAAUCAACAUCAUAUCGCCAACAGAUACAAUAAACUUGAUGUAUAAUACAUUUAGCGAUACAUUGGGAGAAGGAAUAAACGCCAUAUCAUUGACAGGAGAAGGUAGAGAAUCGGAUGAAUCUAGUUUUACACCUUUAAAAGAUUUGAAUCUACCAUAUCAUUUAUUUUCGGUUAUUGACAUUUGCGACAGUUCAAAAGUAAUUACAGUUGAAGAGAGAGUACUCCUUUACUACAAAUACGACAAUAACCCCGUUAACUGUGUUAAAAUUUUCAAAAGUAUGUUCAGAGUCAAGCCUUUUGGAUUCAGACUCCUUCAGUUUAAUUUGUUCAAUCAUACACUCAACUACGGAAAACGCGAUUCGCUGACAUUGUACGACGGUGAUAUCUACAAUAUUACAGCCCCUCUUAUUGGUUAUCUAGAGAAUGGAUCGCCUGAUGAGAAGAAGUUAUUCAGGACAGAAGGGGCCAGCUUGAGUGUGAAAUUAUUUGCCAACGGUGCAUCGUCUGUACAUGGAUUUAUUGCCGAAGUGGUCACUCUACCAAUAUCCGCCAUAGGAAUUAAUCGCGAUGUCCAACACAAUAUUUCCAACAGCGAGUUCACAAAGAAUAGAGAUGGCGCUAUUACUUACCAGUCUGUGGGUGAAGUUAAUCCAUUAGUGUCGAUAACGAGAAAUGACAUAAGCGACAACUGUUUGAAAUUGUACGGUAAUUUCACUACGUGUCUCGCUGCAGUGAAAGUAGACGUACAAAACACUCAGACUUUAGUGUUCCGGAACAACCUGGUGAGGAACAACGUGGGAGGUCUGCUGGUGCGAGCUGACUCCCGUGGUUCGGCCACGUCCCUCCGUGGUUGGAUACAUAACAACUUGUUCUAUGAGAAUCAUGAUUUGUCCUGCCUCAGAGUUGAAGGUCGUCAAUCGUCCCCAUACCAGGAAGUGACGAUCUACCGUAAUUACUUCACUCGUAACCGCGCCCAAUAUAAGGAUGUCAUUGUAUUACAUCAAGUUGUCUCUAAUUUCACUUAUAACUACGUGCACGCAAACACCGGGCUGAGGAUCUUAGAAGUUUCUGGAUUCGAUAAAGUGCGUCUGCCCAUCUACCAGACGACAUCGCAUAAUGGGUUUUAUAAAAACUACGCUUUGGAUCGACUAGGCAGCGCCACUGUUGUGGCUGGUACAGCUGGACAGCACUACGUAGACAAUAUUUUUUUCAACCCCGACAACGAUUACGAAAUGAUCACCGUCAACCGCUCUAUCGCUUUAGAGCUAUGGAGGACUCGUAUUGACGCGAAACACAAUUAUUGGAGUUACAACGAGAGUUUGGCAGUAUCAGGACGGAUUCGGGAUCGAUCUGACGACCCUCUGUUAAUAGAGGUGGAGUGGCGGCCGUACCACGUGUCGAACGCGUCGGUGCUGGCGGGCGGCAAGUGCCCGCCGGGCUGGGCGGCCGUGCGCGGCGCCUGCUACAUGUACGUGGGCGCGCCCGUCACCUACGAGCAGGCGCGACACUUCUGCCUGUCUGACAACGCUUCGAUGCCGUACGUGUCCGGUAACUACGAUGAGCUCUACGAGUUCGUCCACCGUCAAAAUCAGGGGUACCAAUAUAGCGAUCGCGUGUGGAUCAACCACAUAGACUACGUUACUCAGUGCACAUCCUUCGCGUAUUCCACCGUGGAGAUCACAGAUUGUAACCAGAAGAACGCGUUCAUCUGCGAGAUUGAUCCAAAAAUAACAAUUGACCCCUUAUCAUGGCGCGGGGACACAUUGGCCGUGGCCUUCAUCGGGGUGUUGUUGGCAGCAGUGGUACUGGUGGUAGCCGCGCUCAUCUGCUGGUACUCGAAGUCUAAGCACAGACACCUGCAGCGCUUAGAGCGUCGGAACUCCAUCCGUCAGUCGCUGCACUCAGUCCGGUCCAUCGGCAGCAUCAACGGCGGCUUCCCCGAUACCACCUACAGGAGAAAACUCACACAAAUGAGUACUCGAUCAACGGACACUCUUACCAAAGGCUCGGACUAUAGAAAAAUGCUCGCUUCAACCACUUCAAUAGAGUCAAUGGAGAAAAGCCAAUUCAACUCGUCCAUGGAGGACAACCAGAGCUUUGAUAUCUACGAAGCUCACAACCCGAACAAUAUUAUACAACUCAAGCACAGCACAUUCAGCAAAAAGAACUCGCCAGAGUACUCCGUACCACAAAACACGAAGCCCUACAAUUUAGGUUACCGCAACGAGGCAUAUAAGGAAAAUUCCGGUGCGAGCGAAGCGCCAUCUGUGAACACGGUGAUGACCGAGGAACUGCCCAUCAUUCAUCACCCGGGCGGCGUUACAUCAGCGCAUGAUGAUGACACGCUGUCACCUAUGAGCGACUCUCAGUAUUUCACAUCGGAUACUUUACCGUUAAGGCGGCUUGAUAGUUCCGAUGAUCCAGUGGCCUUGAAGAGAGAACUGGAAAAGGAAGGGAAAAUUUACGGGCCGUAUGGUACGCCUAAUUACGGUACGCAACCGAAACUCUCUUUUCUGAUGGAGUUAAGGUCGAAAAUGCCAGAGCAACCGCAACCUGGCGCCGUGCCGACUUCUACAUUUGGACAGAGAAGUAACACACCGGACCAACAGCAAUUUUACGAAGACAAUCUCCCCCCGCCUCCCCAUCCGCCAGUAUAUGCCAGUGCGUAUGACUCUCCAUCAGAAGCCCUAGCCAGCUACGACUCUAGUCCCAACUCAUCACAGCAAUACGACGACACCUACCCAUCUGACCUUCACGGCAGGUCCAAAUCCGAAGCUUUGUUAGAAACUAACUUCGACUUUGAUGAACAAAGCCCUGUACCCAUGACGGAAGAAAGUCGAUCUUACAGCCAGCCUCUGGAGACUGCUAUGUAA